AUGGCAUCCGACCGAUCCGAUAACGAAAGUGAAGCUGACGCAUUUGUAGAUGCAUCCGAUACAUUUACGGAUGAUGUAGAAGGAAAACCAGUACCAUAUCGAUAUUCUACAGCAAUAUUAUCUUCAAUAGCAAGAAAUGCUAAUGAUCUAGUAUCAAUAUUUACAUCUAAUACAGAACCAACAUUACAAAAUAAUUCUCGAGAAAUUCCAAAUGUUGGAGUUCAAGCCAUACCAGAAAUAUCAAUCACAGAUACUUCAAAUGGUGACGGCAAACAAGAAGUGCGAGAAGUUUUAAUUGAUAGUGGGGAUACAUCAUCAAUAAAUACUGACAUCUCGCAAGAUAAGGAUAUGCCAAAUUAUAACAACAUGACUGAAAUAAAUAUUCAUAAUUCUGAUAAUAAUGGAAAACGUGAAGAAGGACCUAUUGAUCUAACAGUCUACGUUAAAGAUUUAGAUACAGGAAAAAACAUACCUGCAGAUUAUUUAGAAGAAGAAAUUAAAAAAUCGAAUGGAAAUAUUGACCCACUUUCUUUUCAUAUUUUGAAAAGGUCAGGAUCAAUCAAUAAUUAUCAAUAUGAACGUGGAAGGAAAGAUGAAAGUGAUGAUGAAAAUGGAAGACAUCAAGAUGGAAAGGCUUCAUAUAAACGAUCAAAAUUUCUUAAUCGUAUUAAAAAACGAACAUCGCAUCCCGCAAAAGGCGAAGGAGAUGAAGAUACAGGAGAUGAAGAAAAUGUAACAGGGAAUAAUGCACCAGUAUUUGGUACAGAAAGUGGUUUCGGACGAGCACAGCCACGUUAUAUAAAGGUUAAAACACGACAUAAGCAUUUCAAAGAAUUUGAUAAGUUAUUUCUUGCACAAGAAUUAUUUAAUCCAACACAAAAUGGUGCAUCAGGAGCAAUUUGGACAAUGAAAUUUAGUAAAGAUGGAAAGUUCUUGGCAACUGGAGGACAAGAUACAAUAGUUAGAGUUUGGGCUGUUAUAUCAAGUGAUGAGGAACGGGAACAUUUUUUGGAGGGAAGUGGAAUAAGUGUUUAUGAAGGAUCAAGCGGAUCGAAAUUGGGAGCUCCCGUGAUGAGAGACAAACCUUUAUAUGAAUAUCAUGGUCAUACCGCUGAUGUUUUGGAUUUAAGUUGGAGUAAAAAUAACUUCUUGCUUUCUUCUUCAAUGGAUAAAACUGUGAGAUUAUGGCAUAUUACGCGGAAAGAAUGUUUGUGCUGUUUCCAACAUACAGAUUUCGUGACAGCCAUCGCAUUUCAUCCAAGGGACGAUAGAUUUUUCUUGUCGGGAUCAUUAGAUUGUAAAUUGAGACUUUGGAAUAUUCCAGAGAAGAAAGUAGCAGAUUGGAUGGAAACUCCGCAACAACAACUAAUAACAGCAGUAGGAUUUACUCUUGAUGGGAAAAUGAGUGUAGCAGGAAGUUUUUCGGGGUUAUGUUUGUUUUAUGAAACUGACGGGUUAAAAUAUAAUACACAAAUCCACGUAAAAAGCUCUCGUGGAAGAAAUUCUCACGGAAAGAAAAUUACCGGGAUCGAGGCUAUGCCGGGAACUAAACCGGGUCAAGAUAAACUGUUGAUCAGUUCUAACGACUCGAGAAUUCGAUUGUAUAAUAUGAGAGAUAAAUCAUUGGAAUGUAAAUAUAAAGGCUAUGAAAAUACUUACAGUCAAAUUCGCGCUACAUUCAGUGAUGAUGGCAGAUAUAUAAUCAGUGGAUCCGAGGAUCGGCAUGUAUAUAUAUUCAACACAGAUCAAUCACAUUCUAAUGCUCAUUAUGGAAAUAGUGGUAAUAGUUGGCUUAAAAGGGAAAAAAUUGGUUAUGAAAGUUUUGAAGCUCAUUCCGCAAUUGUAACGGCAGCAAUAUUUGCACCAACAAGAACAAAACAAUUGAUUGCAUUAUGCGGAGACCCAAUUUUUACAAACACGGUGAAUAAUGAGACAAAUUUACCUAAUGUCCUCACUCAAACUUAUCCAGAUGGAAAUAUUAUUGUUUGUGCUGAUUAUUCCGGGAGUAUCAAGAUAUUUAGACAAGAUUGUGCUUAUUAUCAUUCUCAUGAUAAUGAUUCCCAUUCUGUUAGGAGUACAAGAUCUUGGAAUUCUGCACUUGGGAAUAAUUUAGGAAAUUUAUUUUCUAAACCAAAGCAAAAUAAAAGUUUAAUAUGGAAUCCGACGGGUGUCAAAAUAGGUGGUGGAAGAAGGAAAAGUGAUGCAUCAAGUUUAUAUUCUGUUACUUCGAGCAUUAUGAGUGCUGAUGCGGACGAUAAUAAACUUGAAGAAGAUUGUGAAAAAUUAUUUCAAUGUGAAUGCGGUUGUAGUGAAUUUAAAGCUUUCGUUAAUGAAGAUGCAAAAUCUAAAUUGGUUUGUACUGGUUGUAAUAAAAUUGCUUAA